AGCAAUAGAAGAGUUAUGAGCAUUUGAAUGUCGAGAUCACUAAUGCUAUGGAGAUCCUCCCAUUGGCAAUGCGACCAAGAUCUAUGAUGUCACAGAUGAACAACUCUUCCGUUUUGGACACUGAAAAUAUACCUCAGAACAUCUCUUUUUGCUCAUUCUAAUCAUAUGACAAACGAUUCAUCAAUGAUAUAAUGUUGUGAAACCUCUGUACUUGUCCUCUCAUAAAGAGAACACCUCACCUUGUGAUAGAAUCUAUAAAAGUGAGAAUAUAAAGUGAAAUAAGUACUAAAGUAAUGAGGGAGUUGUACGUGUGUGACAUCACAGAUCUUGGUCGCAUUGCCAAUAGGAGGAUCUACAUGGCAUUAGUGAUCUCAAUAUUCAAAUGCUCAUAACUUUCUUAUUAUUCAUUCAAUCUUCCUCAAACUUUCAACAAUAUGUUUCUUUGAUUUUUUUCUUUGAUAUGGAUUCAGCUGGUUUCAAGGGUUUCAUUCUCCUUUAAUUCAUGUGCUGGAGCCUGCAGUAGGACUCAUGAGCCUGAAUUCACAAAUGUUGUUUUUAAAACCAUCGGUUGAACCAACCCAUGGUUUAUGCAGAUUUUCUGUAUAAAUUACGGUUAUUCACCGCAUAUAUUAAAAGAUGUCAAAUGCUGAUGCGCACUUUGUCAUAGUGCGCCAAAUUGACGCCUGUUGCCAUGAUUAAGAGUGGACUCAUUAAUUAAAAACAGUGGACUCGUGAAUAACAUAGCUUGGAUAACCACGGCAAUAAGCGUCAGUUUGGCGCACUGUGACAAAAGCGCGCAUCAGCAUUUGAAUGUUUUAAUAUACGUGAUAAAUAAGCGGAAUUUAUUUAGGAAAUCUGCAUAGACCAUGAGUUCAACCGAUGGUUUUAAAAACCACCUUUGUGAAUUCGGGCCAUAGCAAGACCAGAGUCAUGACAUAGAGCUGGAAGAGUCAGAAUAUUUUGCCUGUGCGACCAAGUUCAAGAACUGGCCAUAAAAUUAGUCUAUAGCGGGUGGUCGGUUCUAAAAAAAAGGCUGCAUUGUGUGCAAAUGUUCUUGUUAAAAAUUGUUGCAUUCGUUAGUCACCAAUAUCUACAUGUAUGUGACAUAGGAUCCGAGUCUAGUUGAUCUUCUGCAUCGUUUGCAUUUGAGACGAAAAUUAGGUAAAACAAAUUAAUAUUUUCACAGAUAAGCCAAGAAAAUUAGGCAGUCAAUAUAGGGUAGUUUCAACACACUCCUAACUUUUUUUAGCAAGUUUCCCCAGGCAAAGUCUCCUAAAAUUAAUAUGGCACUCCAUGUAUGCGCACCCAUUCACGUGGUCUGGCGGAUUGAAUGAUUGCUGGGCAAAAAUAACAGACCUGCCAACCCGUUCGUUUUAGCCGUAUUUAGUACGUUUUUGCAACCAAAAUUCGGCAGUACGUUUUUUCUUUGAAAAAUACGUUUUUUACUAAAUCGUAAUUUAUUGAGAAAAAUAAUCUCUAUAUGUCUCUAUUUCAUAAAACGUACACAAAUAUGGUUAUUAGAUCAAUGUAAUUUCAGGUAACUUGUUUUUUUUUUCAAUCAUUUUGUUAAAACCAGGGUGACGAUAUACACAUGUUUUAAUGUUGUUUUUUUUCGUCUGCAAGAGCAGUGCGCAUUUUAGCUUGCAUGCAGCUUGAGCGCUGCGAUGAGCGAGUGCGCCAAGCAUUUUAUUAUGAAAUACACUUUUUGGGGGAAAAAUACAUUUUUUUUAAUCACAGAAUACAGUUUUUCAUUCCCAGAGGUCGGCAGGUCUGAAAUAACCAAUUUGGCUUUUCCAUCAAUCAAUCUUGUUUUAUUUUUAUAGGAGGUGAAUAGAUUGAUAAUUUGAUCCUGUCCUGACCACAUAUUCAUCAUGUCAUCGUCAAGGAAAAAACAUGUAUUGGCGGAGAUGAAAAAGAAUCUUGAGCAGAGGAAAGCUGAACUUGAAUUAAAUGAAAGAGAAAUAAUACAACAUGUGAGAUAUAUAUCUGAAGAGACGAUGGGGCAGCUGAAUGCUCUUUUAAAGGAGACGGACAAGAAGAAGUUUCUCAAGGCAUUUCCUGAUGUCAGUGUCAAGAUGGAUAAAAGUCUGACAGCUCUCAUGAUGAUCAAAGCAUCUCUUCCAAACUUUGAAUCAGAUGAGAGUUCUACAGACUGUGCAACAGAUAGAGAGACUGCAGGAGAAAAUGAUGAACCUUCACAAGAAAACAGGACUGACAAUACUAUCACAGAUGUUGAACAGUCUUCAGCUUCCAUUGUUAACACAGUGAAUGAAACCUGUGGGUCAAGCACAACGGAACAAACCAUUAGUGUAGAGGUAGAGUCACAUGAAAGUUCUUCAUUACCAUCUGGUGAGUCCCAGCAGUCUGUUUCACCAAGUAAUAAGUCUAAUACAUCAUUAGUGAGUGGUGGAUCCUUGGACAACAUUACACAACAUCAGACUUCAGUAGGUGACCACACAAACUUACCAGGCAUAGCAACAAAGCCAUAUGAAGUUACACAGGAGAAGCCAGAAAUAAUGCUGCAAUCCAUUCCUAAAGAGAUCAUCCCUGUAGAUCUUCCCACUGGUAUUAGGGUUGAGGUGGUGGUUAGUGAAGUAGUUUCACCUUCUAUCUUCUGGAUUCAACCAACACAGUCAAGGAUUGAAGCUCUAAUGGAAGAGAUAAGGAAAUAUUACAGUGUGGUUAAGUUACCUUCCCUUCAACCUAAAGUUGGAAUGUACUGCUGUGCUUGCUUUACUAAUGAUGACUGCUGGUACCGUGCUCGUAUCAUUGCUAUACAUCUUAGUCCUACAUCAUUGUCGGAAGCAGUUGGUAUCCAUGUAGAUGUGAUUUACAUUGAUUAUGGUAACAGGGAGCGCAUUCCAGUCUCUCGUCUUUGCCCUCUACAUCCUCGUUUCACAAGUGACCCAGCUCAGGCUGUCUGCUGCAAACUUGCGAGAGUGAAGCCUACAGGAAAAGGUGUUAGCCAUUGGUGUACAGAUGAAAUAGAGUUCUUCACCCAAAUGACAUUUGGAAGGAAGCUUACUGCCAUUGUAAUACGCCCACCAGGUAGUAAUACUAGCAGCUUUGAUCUGCCAGCUGUUGACUUACUGUUUGAUCACUUCAUCAAUGAGAAAGAAACCAGACUGGUGGAUGUUGGCAAGGUGAUGGUGAGUAAGAAGCGUGCAUUACCAGAUGAUCAAUGGUCUACCACAGAUUCCUAUCACUCUCAGAAUACACAUACCACUGACAGUGAUGUUUGCCAUUCACCAAAUGCACCAACAGAGAUACUUGAGCCUGCAAUGCCUGUCCCUUCACAAGAACAAGAGAAGUAUCAGAAACUUAAAGAGGGAGACCAAGAAAAGAAAGAAGAUGGAUCAUCAAGUGGUAAAAAGAAGAAGAAAAAGAAGAAGAAAGCCAAAAGACACCAUGACCCUGUGGCAUCAACAGAAGACACUGAUGUUCCAUAUGAAGAUGGUAGAGAUACUAAACAACUUGCCAAGGUGGAAACCAAAGAGGAAAGUACUACAUCUGAUACACCUGUCUACGAGAGUGAGUAUACCACUGAGAAAAGGAUUCCUGGACUUUGUAGAACACCUGAGACAAGUUGCACAGAGACUGAGGACAGGCAGUCAAGACCAGCUUCAACUGCAGUAAAAGCAUCAAUUGAUGUGACACCUAAACAGAUGACUCCAAUUGGACACUCUGAUGUUUCAAUGGAAGGAGGGACAAAUGAAAUCAGGAAGGACAAUCAGGAUCAGCAUGCUAGUUGUGGGUCAGAGAGUGCAAGAAGCAGUAGCCCGAAUUCUACCAGUGGUGUGUCAUCAGCUAGGAGUUCAACGUUUGUGCCUCAGAAAAAUCUUAAUGAUUCUUCCAGACCUGGUCUUAUUUCUUUCAAUAAGUCUCAAAGAGAGUCUAGCACCUCUCCGCUUAUGAGCAGUCAAGGUAAUGACAAAAUAGUUGAAACAGAAGACCUUGGCAAUAAACCAGCAGUGCAUGCUGUGGCAUCAGCUGAAAACGAUCAUUUGACAGACCUCACUGAUCAGUUCUUUACAUGUGCUGAAGAUGCAAGUGAGGCUGACAGCACAGAUCGAGAUGCAACAAAAUCAAAUUCUGAUGGUAAAUUACAAUCACCCCCUGCUGUCUUCAAGGUGGAUGUCAUAGGCAGAAAGUUACCACAACAGAGAAACUUAAAAGGAGGAGAACAGAUACAGUUUGCUAUGUCUCACAUUGUUUCACCUCAUGAGUUCUACAUCCACCUUAUCACUCCAGAUGCCAAAAAGAUGGAUCACCUUCUUGAAGAACUGAACACAGUGUAUUCAGACAUAGAUAGAGCAGGUGUAUACAGACCACCCAUCUCAUGGUUGUCAAUCAGAGCAAUCUGCUGUGGACAGUUUGGUGAAGAUAACAGAUGGUAUAGAGGAGUGGUGAAGGACAUUAAAGGCAUUAGGGGAGUAAAGGACGGGAGAACUGUCCUGGUCAGCUAUGUGGACUUUGGUAAUGAGGAAUGGAUUCCAGAACAACGGAUAUACCCUCUGGAGAAUUACUUCUGUGACCUCGCUCCUCUGGCUUUCAAGUGUGGCCUGGGUAGGAUUCACCCUCCAAGUGGACACAAAGGUAGAUCAAAGGAAUGGUCAGAAAAGAGCAAGCGGUCAUUGAUUGGAAUGAGUGAGUUUGAGAAGCUGCUUGUUGGACAGGUCAUUCAUGUUUCAGGAAUACAGCAGAAAUGUACAUGGCUUGAAGUGAGAGACAACUCAGAGGGUGUAGGAGUGUGUCUAAACCAAAAACUUGUAGAUCUAGGAAUGGCUGCUUCAACCUACUAUAAAAAGCAACCUCUCCCAGAAAAGGGUGCUGAGGAACCAUCUCAGUCCCAUGAUACUAAGGAUAUACCUGAUGAUGGACAAAUGAUGGAAGGUGAUGCAAUCUCUGAUGAUUGGAAUCCCAUGAUGCAACAUUAUAGCUCAGAGAUGAAUAGCUAUGGAGUAGAUAUGGAUGACCCAGGAGUAGCUACUACUGGAAUGAAGUCUACUAUUGAAGGGAGAGUGUGCAAAUAUUACAUAGCAGGUAAACGCUGCUUUAAAGGAGUCAACUGCCCCUUUGAACACCCAAGGCGUGGGGAAGAGAAUCUAGAGAAAACUGAAGUGUUUUGGUGCAAUACAUCUGUCAUCUUACCUAAACCAGGAGAAUGGGUAGCAUUACAGGUGACUGCUGUACAUACAUCAAUCCAUUUCUGGGCACAGCUCCCAUUUGGUCCUACACCAUUAGACCAGGCCCAGAGGGAAUGGACCAAUUUGAACCAGCUUCCAGGAGAGAGAAAGGAUGAUGGAGAAACCCUUUCAGCUCUUCAAGAUUCUAUCAAUGCAAUCUACCAGAAGCCAUAUACACGUCGUGAGGACCUGUCUUUACUGGCUUUAGGAGAGAUAGUAUGUGCUCAGUUCAGUAAAGAUGAUUACUGGUACAGAGCAAGGGUUGUUGAUGUAGAUGCUGAGGCCAACACUGUACAGGUAUUCUAUUUGGACUAUGGAAACUGCGAAUGGUUAGUUAGAUCUAAAAUCCGUCCUGCUAUGCCUCAGUUUCUUCACUUGCCAUUCCAAGCUGUAGAAUGCUUUGUAGGAGGAAUAGAACUCAUUAAAACUCCAUCGCCAAAUAAUCAAGACAGGAAAUUAUUUGAAGAGUUGACAAUAGACAAAGUCCUUGUCGGACAUGUUAUUUCCAGUGCUACAGACAUCCUUGAAGUGGAGCUGUAUGACACAAUUAGCUCUGUGGAGGUGAACAUUGGUGAUGCUCUUGUCAAUGCUGGAUUUGCUAAACACACUGGAACAGCACAGAAGUCUACAUGCAAGUGAACCAGCAUCAAACACUUCUAUUCUUUCUAUCCCCAUAUUCAUCCAUUAUGAAUAACCAAGUUUACCAACUGACUAUGCAAUGAUUUUACAUUUUGGUUUGUACAGUGUUAUGAAUAUGUGGUUUGACUCCCAAUCAUGUUCAGUAUAUUGGUCUAAUGAAGAGAAUCAGGUGGUAUUCCUUGAGCCAAUUAGUCCAAGCCAUAGACCUUUCCCAAACUAACAUUAAACCAACCUGGGGCCCAUUUAAUGAUGACAGAUUCUGGCUACUCUUUCAUUAUGGUAACUGCCAUGGUAUUGCUGCUCACAUCUAAUCAAUACCUACGUUUCCAUGGCAGCAACCAUAAUGAGAUACAGUCACUGUAAAUCUUUAUGAAACAUUCCCAGGAUAUUGAAAAGCCAUAGGGUUUUGUUUGUCUUUUUCCAUGAUUAUCUACUCACAGGGUAGACCAGAGCACACACAAAAAUUAUCCACCAAACUCUUCAUAUUUUCUCCAUGCUGGUUGGAAUACAUAUAUAUUUGACAAAAAGAUAGAUAGGAAUCUCAAACCCCUUGCUGUUAAAAAAUGAAAGAAACCUUCUGUGAAGCUGAUGACAUUUUUGGAGACAUAAGGAUGUACACUGAUGACAGAUAAUCCAUGUACAUUCAGGGGGAAAAUCUUCAUAAGUAAACUUGAACAAUUCUUAAAUGGUGUAUAUACUGCACAUACAUACUGCUUUAUAGAAAUAUACCCUAAUCACAUUUAUGAUUAGUGCGCAGUACAUUAUUGUAAGGCUUGGAGACUCCUCUUUCAUUUGAUGCAACUCAUAUGAUAAAUACAUCACACAGUAAGAAUACUUUGAAGAAAGAAUACCAAAAUCUCAUUCGGCAGACAACAUAUUAUUAAUAAUAAACACAGCAUUUAUUAUGCGCCAUCUAUCUAUUCCGAUGGGCAGAACAUCUGAACUUCAUGAAGAACAAUCACAUGUCUCAAGAUGUUAUCUAUCUUCAAUUUGAUAGAAAUUUCUCAAUGAAAGAAAUAAACAAGGAAAUAAAAGGUUUAGUUUCUUAUAACUAAUGCUUGAGUUUCCAUAAGUUUGUUAAAUGAAUUAAAUGAAGACAUUUUCACAGGCUGGCUGUUGGACUAACUCACCACUCUAUUUUGUUGAUGCUUAGCCAAGCAUGAAGUAAUGCUGUUGCUAUGGUAGGCAAUAUGUUAAGGUACAUUUGUGUAGUAAAAUUAUGGAAAGACAUACAUUAUUUUCAACAAAACAAAACUGUUAUUCCUUUGUAAUGUUCUUUGAUCAAGGUAUCAUAUUGAAGUCAGAUUUGGGACCUGUGCUUUACUUUUUGAAAUUCAUAUACUGUUCCUCGGUUACUUUUUUGGUAUGCAUUUAUCCAAUUGUUCUUAAUCACUCAUGCAUAAAGUAUGAGUUUCACCAGAUGAAAGAGAAAUUUCUAAGUUUUACAAUGUUAAGUCAUUGAUCAAUUAUAUUUGUGAUUAAGUUAUGAUAAAAUAUAUACAAUGAUCAGUUUAAUUUUGUUACAGUGAGAUGUACUGUAUAGUAUUUUCACUAUCAAAUAUAUAGUUAUAUGAAGAUAUAAAUUGCAGUUAUUUGUGCUCAAAUCAAACCAACAUACAACAUUAGUGAAUUCUAUGAAGAACCUCUAUAAUUUGGGGGCCAUUUCAUAAACUGUUCAUAAGUCAAAAGUGACUUUAAGAAUGACUGGUGAUCCUUUCUUGUGGUAAAUUAUAUUCACCAUUAAAUGUUCACUGGUGAUUAUUUAGCACGUAAGAAAGAUUCACCAGUCAUUCUUAACUUUAUGAAACACCCAGCUGCUAUGUAUUUUUUAUAUGAAUGUUUGAGGUUAAGUGAGAAAUGCCAACAACUUGAGAGUUCAAGUUCAAAAUAGGGUUUUUGAAAUAUUUUUUGUAGUUUGAUAGUUGUAGAAAAUGAAAGGAAACUUGAGCUAAAUUUUUAAAUAUCCUGCACAUGUUAUCAGUUCAGAUAUGUUGUGUUAUCGUUUUGAAUUACCAAAGUUAAAUGUAUAAUGUUGCAGCUGAGUUUUAUGAGUUUGAUUUGCCAAAUGUGAUACUUUCUUCCAUGCUAUAUAAGGUUUUUUUUUUCUCUUCAUAUGCUUUUCAUUGAUCCAUAUAUAUAUAUAGAAAGUCUCAAUUGCUUUUGCAGUGUUAUUAAAUCAUGAUACACUGUAUUUUGUUGUAUAUCAUUUUCUUCCAAUAGUGAAUGCCAUGUGAUGACUUGCCUAAAACAUACAGUAAGAGGCUACAAGAAUUUAUCAGUGCCAAAAAGAAAGGAUUUUUGUUUAUUUAUAUAUAAACAGACAAAUGUAAUCAAAUGUUGAUCAUAUUACAGGAAUUUCUUUCAUUGUUGACAGUUGCAAGACUUUUGUUCAACUAAUUGUGUGCAAUUUUUGUUCUUCAGAAAGUUUUUUUUUUCUCUCUUAGAGUCACAAACAAAUAUUCAUCAGUUUUUUUUUCUCUCGCCUGCAUAGCAAGAGCGAGACUAUAGGCGCCGCUUUUCCGAUGGCGGCGGCGUCGUCAACAUCAAAUCUUAACUGAAGGUGAAGUUUUUGAAAUGUUAUAAUAACUUAGAAUGUAUAUGGGCCUAGUUCAUGAAACUUGGACAUCAUGGUUAUCAAGUAUUACUGAAUAUCCUGCCAGAGUUUGAUGUCACGUGACCAAGGUUAAAGGUCAUUUAGAGUCAACGAACUAAGACCAUGUUGGGGAAUCAAUAUCAAAAUCUUAAACGAAGGUUAAGUUUUUUAAAUGUCAUCAUAACUUAGAAAGACUAUGGGCCUAAUUCAUGAAAUUUGAGCAUAUGGGUAGAUUAAGUAUUACUGAACACCCUGCCUGAGUUUCAGGUCACAUGACCAGGCCCAAAGGUCAUUUGGGGUCAAUCAACUUAGAUUAUGUUGGGGGAAUCAAAACGAAAUCUUAACCAAGGUUAAGUUUUUUAAGUAUCAUACUUGUAACUCUGAAAGUAUAUGGAUAUAGUUCAUGAAACCUGGAUAUAAGAGUAAUCAAGCAUCAGUGAACAUCCUGCGUGAGUUUCAGGUCACAUGACCAAGGUCAAUUAACUUAGGCCGUGUUGGGGGUAUUUGUUAAAUUGCCAUCAUAACUGAAAUUUUGUAGAUCUAGUUCAUGAAAUAUGGACAUAGGAUAAUCAAGUAUCACUGAUCGUCUUGCACAAGUCUUUGGUCACAUGAUCAAGUUCAAAUAUCAGUUAGGGUCAGUGAACAUAGUAUUUUUUUAAUCAUAUGAUUGGUGUUUUUGUGAAUGAUUAUUCUAUAGUCGUUUUCAAAGUCAGCACUGCUGCUAUAUUGAAUUGCGUAAUGCAGGCGCGACUGCCAGAGGCGCUCCACUUGUUCUGUGUCAUCAGCACCUAUGAUUAUCAAAGCAACGAGAUAUGUUGCUGUACAAUUUCCUGGAUUGGAUUGUGAUUCAUAAAUUUCUACAAUAUAAUUUUAUAAACAUCAGACAAUUUUGUAAGAGUUGUAACCAAGAUUAAAUCUGCUCAACUCAACCAACCAGAUAAACUUUUAUAUUACAAUUCUGUUUGUAAGAGAAAAAUCAACUUCUUGAUGAAACUUGGGUGAUAUUUGGAAAUGCUCUUGUAAAAUAGUUUUAUAAGUAAUAACCACCUUAAGGCAUACUCCACAUCCAUGGAUUUUUCGUUCAAAUGAUAUUACGUUUUUGUUUAUAUAAUAAUGUACAGAUGUUGAUACAUGUACCUUAUUACAGUACAGUCAGCUGACAGUUUAGAUUCUUGACACACAAAGUGUUUGGUUGGAAGCUUUGAAUAGAAAGACAUUUAUGUUUGGUACAUAUUUUGUUGUCUACAUGCUCUGUUCAAAAUAAUUGUGUAUGCAUAAUAUUCCAUUGUAUGAAAAUUAUAAACCACUGUAUUAAACAGUGGCACUGUGAAAGAUACAAAGGGAAAGAUAUUUUCAAAAUUCUCAAAUAAGAUGGUCUAAAUUCUAGUAUUGUUUGAUCAUCUUUUGUAAAGGCGGGAAAUACUAGUUUCAUCUCAUGAAUUUGACUAGUUUUCAUUGAGUGUAAAGAAGUAUAUGUUUUAUUUGGUAUUUUAUAUGAUUUAAGCAUACCGUACAUAUGCUUUUUUCUGCUUUAUAUGCUUGAUCUAUAUGUCUUCCAGAGAUUUGUAAAACCUACAGUUUGUAAGUGGUCAAUAAUAUGGGAUCAAAUGCCAUAUUGAAUUGUUAAUCUUAUUCUUUGUUAUCGAUGGUUUCAUGAUCGAUAGAACAUUAUGUAAAAUCAUCCUCUUUUGUCUUUUUUUACAAAGAGAUGCCAGUGGUGCUCCUCAUUCUUAAAUAUAUUUUGUUUCUUAUAAA